CUAGUAGAUAAUCACUGACUGAUAAGUUUAGCUACACUUAAGUACAGUGGAUAUGUUUCACUUGAUUUUGAUCCCGUGAUGUGACAACUCUUAAUCCAUAUUUGUUUGAAUACUUACAACAACUUAAGAAUGGAUUUAAGUUUUGCCUCUUCUUCAGCACCAUUUCCUCAUUACGAUCAGCCCAACCAUCGCUUUCAUCCCUAUCGCGCCAGAUAUGACACCUCAUCAUCGGUGCCAAUGUAUGGUCAGCCGGCCUUUUAUCCCAAACAGAACCACUGGAUCAACGACUACUCCUCUCCUCCCAUAAGUCCUAUCAAACAUUACAGCGCUUAUGGAUCUGAAGUGGAUUGCGAUAAUCAUUUCUUCGCAACCGAUGAACCAAAACUUGAAGCACCGACUGAUCCCAACAACAACUUGCCGGCCAAUGACGGCACCGAAACGAUCACCAAAUAUAUAACAAAUCGGACGACAGGAGUGGUGAGAGUUGUCAAGAGAAGAGUGACCGCAAACAAGAAGGAAAGGCGAAGAACUCAGUCUAUAAACAGUGCGUUCGCUAACCUCCGCGACUGCAUUCCCAACGUUCCCGCGGACACUAAACUCUCCAAGAUUAAGACUUUGAGAUUAGCCACCAGUUAUAUCACCUAUUUAACUGCACUUCUUGACGGACCAAAUGACACCCGACUCAAGCUUAUGAAAGAGGGCUUUCGUGCAGACCUUCCCACCUCUCAUAAGAGGAACAGUAGGGAUAACUUUAAGGAAAUGGUCAAAAUAGGGACUUCAAUGCAAUGCAAUUCACCCAAUAGUAUACAAUACAAGUCCAAUGGAAAGACCAAAUGCAAAGUAAGGACGGGAUGGCCUCAAGCCGUAUGGGUUGAACAGCUUGAGCUAAAGCAACACGACAACCAAUAAUUGAUUUAUUUUUACCACCAAAUCGUAUUACCCGU